UUGUCCACAAAAAAUGUAUCCCAUGUUGAAAUCCACUACAAUUGCUACCAAUGAAGAAUUGACGCUUUUCCCACGUUACAAUACUACAUCAUCACAAUCCGGAGGUCCAAUUUCUACUCCAAGCAGUCGUCCACGAUCGGCAAUAGUAAAAUCAAGGAAUCCCAAAAAUCCAACAACCACCAGGAAAUCUUUGCAGCCAAAACAGAGCCAAAGCGCGUCCAAGAUCCGUGUGACCACUUCACCGUCGCCCUUGUUGGACGCGGUCAGCACUAAUGAGACUAUCACCAGCACUGGAAACUCGUCAAAAUUUCAUGAUAAGCCACGGAAUAAGACUGCAGGAACUACUAAAAAUGAGUCGUCUGAAGUUGCUGUUGCUGCCAGUACGGAACCACACCUGGAAAUGAUACACAUGGCAAAACCGAAACAUAAACCCAACGAGUCUGUCAAGUCACAAAGAAAAAUUGAUCCACCUAAAAAUAAGCUCAUUAUUCCACCAAAUGCUUCCGAAUAUGCGAAAAAUGCUGCAAGUACUGUGGGAAUUUCAACCGCAACCAGUAUGAAAACACAAAUAGUUCUCGCCCCCAGGUUUCAAGCGGACAAUUUUGUAGCCACACAAUCAAAGCUCUGCGCCAAAGAAUCUCCUCCUGGAACAAACCAACGAGAAGUUUGGAGCAGACCAAGUGAAAGUCUCACCCGAUCAAAGAUUCAACAAAAUGAUGAUGACGAUCAAGAUUCUUCUUCUCGAAUCAUGGUCAGAAUGCCGGAAGGUAUGUUUCCCCCAGAGAAGGCACGCUGGGUUCAGCUAGCAUUAGAAAAGUUGGCAACAAACGGAACAAUUACCCGAAAACAGAUGAAUACGCCUGCAUUUCAAAGAAAAAUUGGAAUCCUUUUUGAUCAGUCUGUUGGCAGGAGAAGUUUUAAAGUGGGGUCGCAAGUUAACAAAAUUGUUCACCAACAAAGUGGCCGUGGUUCAGUAUCAAAGAAAGUCCCACCUCAAACCCCAACGACAAGUCCAGUCCGAUCUUCAAAGCGUACUUCCGCCAGCAGCAAGAAAACCACGCCGCACUCUGAAAAAAAUCUGACCCCAAGAACACUGACGCCCAGGUCACCUCGAUAUGUUUCUGGACAACCUGCAGACGAGAAACCUCCGCUUGAAGUACAGAAGAAGGUUUCCGACAUUCUUCUCCACAUGCUGCUCAAGGGCAUGAUGGUUGAGAACGGCAUUACAAAAAGUGUGGAUGCUCAUCAAGACGAGAUCACUGCAGAUUUUAUGACCCCCGAAAAAAAGAAGAGUAUCAGUACAAACACCGAGAACGAUGAUGACGACAUUGACGACUGGGCUUGGAUGAUGUCAAGAGAAACUUCCAAACUUAAGAGGGGAAAAAGUACGAAUGGGAACAUUUCGGAUCUCACAACGCCAUGGAUUUCACGCUCGAACGUUGACCCCAUCCAAGACAUCAAGAACUGUUUCAUUUUCCAAGGAAAAGUUUGCCCUAUGGAAGCUUCGCAAAAACCGAUCAAUACUUUUGCCCCACUUUCAGAGUCGAGAAGACGGAUUGAUCCAUUUGUUACUGGAUACUUUCGAAGAAUGGCUGAUAUCCGUGGCUUCCAACCAGAAGAGAUCACCAUCAAAUACUGCAAGACCAAAAUCUUUAUUGAAGGGAAACAAUCCGCAUCUGAGGAUCGAAAUUAUCGCAUAAUCCGAGAAAUAAUUGCAUUGCCUCGAGGCCUGGGAAUAAGUGAUUUGAAAGUAAUGAGAGGAAGAAACAAUGGGCGGCUGGUUUUUGAAGAACAGGAACACAUUUCAGUUGCAUGAAAAGAAAUUACUUGCUGGACAAAGCAAAAGAAAAACAACUUUGAAGUUAUUAUGCAAUGUCAGUAUGUUCUCAUGUUUGUACGCAUUCCAAAAAGGUAUGAAUUGGAUUAAAAGCUU